AUGACAAUCGCUCAACUCAAACUCCAGGAGCCAAUCACACUCCCAUGCGGCCUUAGGCUCCCCAAUCGGAUGGUCAAAGCCGCCAUGGCAGAGAACUGUGCGGAUGACGAUUAUCUCCCUGGCGAGAACAUCUUGAAGUUGUACGAAAUGUGGGCUGAGGGCGGAUGGGGCGCGAUUCUCACAGGCAACGUCGAAGUCGACGUCCGAUACUUGGGGAGCCCUCGCGACAUGAGCCUCAAUGAGAACAUCGACAGGGACAGGAUACUUGCCGCGUGGAAGAAAUGGGCACAAGCAGUUUCCAAGGAUGGCACUCCCGCUAUCAUGCAGAUCAACCAUCCCGGACGACAAAGCCCAGCUAAAGUUGGCGCCCGGGGCUUCUUCGAGAAGUCGAUUGCUCCCAGUCCGAUCCCGCUGCACCUGGGCGACGGUAUCUUGGCCAAGCUUGCUUCUGCCUUGGUCUUUGGGACGCCGAAAGAAAUGACAGUGGAGGAUAUCCGACGCGUCGUCUCUCAGUUUGCAGAAACCGCCAGGCUAGCUGCAGAAGCAGGCUUUGCUGGCGUCGAGCUCCAUGCAGCGCACGGCUACCUGCUGUCUCAGUUCCUGAGCCCUUCGUCAAACCAACGACAAGAUGACUACGGCGGAACGGCCAAGAAGCGAGCGAAGAUUGUCGUCGAUACCAUCAAGGCUGUGAGAGACGCCGUGCCAAAGAGCUUCUGUGUUGGCAUCAAGAUAAACAGCGCCGAUUAUAAGAACAAGGAGCAGCUUGCUGCCUGUAUCGAACAGCUCGAGGAUAUCGCAGCAGCGGGCGUUGAUUUUCUCGAGAUUAGCGGUGGAUCGUACGAAGACCCUCAAAUGAUGCAGACUACCACUCCCGCAUCCGCAAGUACCGUCGCACGCGAAGCCUUUUUCCUCGACUUUGCAACGACCAUCCGUGACCGAUUCAGGCACGUUCCCCUCAUGGUUACAGGUGGCUUCAGGUCGCGCAGAGGCAUGGAGAACGCGCUCCAAGAGGACGCUUGCGACAUCAUCGGCAUUGCUCGUCCUGCCGCGCUGAACCCUUCUUUGCCAAAGAACUUGAUCUUCAAUGCAGAGGUCAAGGACGAAGAUGCGAGAGCCUUCACGCGAAAGGCGCCGGAUCUGUUGCUUCCAAAGCUGCUCGGUAUCAAGGUAGUAGCUGGAGGAGCAGAAAGUGCUUGGUACCAGAAGCAAAUACAGUCACUGCCAACCAAGGCAUAG